AAGAUUCCAUCUUGCUCAGAUCAGUCGCCAUGAUUCCUUCGCAGGCCUGACGCGUUCAACUCAAUCGUUGAAUUUUCUACGCGCACGACGAAGAAGAAGAAGAAGCAGCAAAAGAAGAAGUGUUCGUCGACGGAAAAUGCGGUGUGGUGUGGCAAAGGCGGCGAAAAAUCAAUUCGAUCGGUUCAGCGUUCCUGUUGAUUGCGUGCCUGGCGCGGCUAGCUAGCAAUCGACAAAAGACAGCCUCGAAAAGCAUCGGUUUCGCUCAGGAUCAAAGAUAAUAUUAGGCCUGACAAUUCAUUGAGUAUCCAUGGCAGAUGAGACUCUCGCAACUCAGGAAAUACCAGCGGCAAAGUUAAGUGAGGAAGUUCAGACCAAUGGAGUUCCCAUCAAGGUAACAUCAGAAGUGAAUGAUGAAAAGGAGCCCAAGAAGGAUGAGGAAGCCUCACUCGACGGUGAAUUCAUCAAAAUUGAGAAAGAGUCGAUUGCCAAGCCUAAAGCGAUCAUCGAAGAGACGCCGCGAGAAGUCUUGGAAUCGCAGGAAAAUAUUGCAGAACUCGAGCAUGAACUGCAGAGAACAUCCAGUGCGCUGAAGGCGACUGAAUCCGAAAAUGCACAGUUGAAAGAAGAGCUCUUGCUGACAAAAGAGAAGCACCAAGAGAGCAUCGGGAAGCAUGAAGAUCUUGAAGCUGCUAACAAGAAAUUGCAGGAACAGAUUUCGGAGGCUGAGGAAAGACACGCCGCAGAGCUCAAAACUUUACAGAAUGCAUUGCAGGAACAUGAAGAAAGGCACAAGGAGCUGUCAGACGUGAAGGAGGCAUUCGAUCGUCUUAAUCUUCAGCUUGAGGCCUCAAGCAAGAAGGUGGCAGAGAUUGAGGCAGAGCUGCAGAGUUCAUCUUUAGAAGCCCGGAAGUACGAAGAGUUGCACAAGGAGAGCAGUUCAAAUGCUGAGUCAGAGGCACAGAAGGUGUUGGAGUUUGAAAAGUUGCUCGAGGAGGCUAAAUCUGGUGCCAAACAGAUGGAAGAUCAGAUGGCACUGUUGCAGGAUGAGAUGAAAGGCAUGCAUACAAAGGUUUCCGAGAAUGAGAGUCUUGAAGCAUUGCUUGGUGACUUGACAAAGGAACUAGAACUCACCAAGGUAGCAGAGUUGAAGGCGAAGGAAGAUAUCACAUCCCUCGAGAACUUGCUGGCAGAAGCCAAAGGAAGCCUUGGAGAGAAAGAAUCCCAGUUAGAGGAUGCAAAAAAGAAGCUUGAGGACGAGACGAAUGGGAAAGCAGAGAUCGAAGAACAAUUGAAAAGCCAGGAGACAAAGCUUAAGUCGGCAGAGGAGGAUCUCGAGAGAGUGACAAAAGAAAAGGCUGCCCUGGAAGAAGCUGUGACGGACCUUACAAACAACGCCGCCCAAAUGAAGGAAAUGUGCAAUGAUCUCGAAGCAAAGCUGCAGCAGUCGGACGAUAAUUUCUGCAAAGCUGAUGCACUUCUGUCCGAAGCAGUAUCGAAUAGCAAAGAACUCGAGCAGAAGUUGAAAGCACUCGAGGAGCUUCAUAGUGAGUCAGGCCAUGCAGCCAUGACUGCCAACCAGAAGAAUGUCGAGCUCGAGGACAUGCUAAAAGCAUUGAAUGAUGCAGCAGAGGAAGCAAAUUCAAAGCUGAGGGAGUCUGAAACGCGUAGCAUUGCAGCUGAGCAGCGGGUUCUCGAGCUAGAGCAGCUGCUGAAUUUGGAGGAAUUGAAAAGCCAUGAUUAUCAGAGGGAACUUACAGAGUUAUCGGAGAGUGAAGCCGGGGAGAAGCAGGCAAUGACCGAAAAGGUGAAGGAGUUCGAGGCUAAGGUUGCAGAAAUCGAGUCUGAACUGGCAAAGGUGACCGCUCGGAAUUCUGAGCUUGAGGCAGAGUUAAAGAAUGCAGUGGACAGAUCCACCGAGCAUGAGGGACGAGCCAGCACAAUCCAUCAGAGGAGCAUUGAACUCGAGACCUUAAUGCAGGCAUCCGAAUCGAAAGCAGCGGAUGCAGGCAAAAAGGCAAGUGAACUAGAGCUGCUCCUCGAAACAGAGAAAUAUCGGAUUAAAGAGCUCGAAGAGGAAAUAGCUUCUCUGGAGAAGAAACAUGCAGGUGCAGAAGCAGAAGCUUCAAAAGGUGCAAACAAGGUGUCCGAUCUUGAGUCGGAGCUCGAGGUUUUCCAGUUGAAAGCAUCAAGUCUAGAAACUGCUCUUCAGGCAUCUGCCGAUAAGGAAAAGGAGCUGACCGAAUUCUUGAAUUCAGCAACUGAAGAAAACAAAAAUUUGAAGGAUUUGUCAAAAACAACGAAUGAGAAGCUAUCCGAGGCAGAAAAUCUGGUUAACAUCUUGCGGGACGAACUGAACAUGUGCCAGCAGAGGUUGGCGAGCAUCGAGGAUGAUCUCAAGGUUACCGGGCUCAGGGAAAGCGAAGUCAUGGAUAAGCUCAGGUUAGCCGAGGAGCAGCUCGAGCAACGAAGCAGAGUUCUUGCAGAACUCGAAUCCUCACACGAGUCACUGAAGAGGGACUCAGAGGAGACAAUGGCGAGAUUCACCGGCAGAGAUUCCGAGGCCAACGUUCUGCACAACAAAGUACAGGCCCUAGAAAGUCAGGUCAAGGCUUAUGAAGUGCAGAUUGAGGAAACUAACGAACGGUAUGCUGCUGCAACCAAAGAGAUUGAUCGGAUUCUGGAGAAGCUGGCUUCAUCCGAGGGCAUCAACGAAGACCUGAAAGAAAAGAUUUCGGAAUUAGAAGGUAAAGCAGAAUCGCACUUGUCCGAGUAUUCAGUUUUGUCUGCUCACAAUGCAGAGCUGAGCGACAAGGUUAAGGAUCUUGAAGACAAGGCAAAAACUGUUGCUGAACUGACUGAUCGGCAUGCUAAAGUCACUGAACUGCAUUCGGUGGCAGAAGCUCGUAUUUCAGAAAUCGAAGCAGAGCUGGAAGAAGCUGUAAAGAAAUCGAAUCUAAAGCAUUCGGAGGCCAUGGACUUGCAUGAGAAGCUAAAAGCUUUCGAAGCACAGGUGAUGACCUAUGAACAUCAGGCUAACGAAGCAUCUGCAGUUGUUAAGAGCCGAGGAUUAGAGUUGGAAGAAAUCACAUCCAAAUCAAAGAAUCUAGAGACCGAACUCGAGGAAAAAUCGAGCCGGUUUGAAAAGGAGACUCAAGAGCUGGUUCAAGCCAACCAAAAACUUUCUGAGGAAUUGGCUUCAUAUAAAUCCCAGAUAUCUUCUGUCAUGGAGGAGAACAAUUUGCUCAACGAGUCAUUUCAGAGUUCAAAGAAGGAGCUUCAGACAAUAAUAGUACAGCUCGAGGAUCAGUUGAAGGAGCAGAAAACAAACGAGGAUGCUCUGAAAGCUCAGUUGGAAGCCCUCAGCGCUGAAGCCGGACAGAAAGGCGAUUUGCUUAACCGUGUUAAGGAACUCGAGCAACAGUUAGCAGCUGCGGAAAGUUGUCUUAAAGAAGAGAAAGAAUUGAUCUCGCAAAAGGAUGUCGAACAUGAAGCUAAGAAACAAGAAAUCGUUCUUCUCGAAAGCCAAGUGAAGGAUCUCGAGCAGAGGUUGCAGCAAGCUGAUGCAAAGGCGAAAGAAAAGCAGGGUGUGGAAGAACACAAGGACGUGACUAUAAAGUCACGGGAAAUCGAAUCAAUACCCGGAAUGACGACUCCUUCAAAAAGGAAGAGCAAGAAAAAGUUGGAGGCAGCUGCGGCUUCAUCGCCCUCAGGUACGGCGUCACCACUCCAAACUAGUGAGGAGUCAUCAUCAUCAUCCUCCAUGAUGAACGUAAAGUUCAUUUUAGGCGUGGCUCUCGUAUCUGUCAUCAUCGGUAUUAUCCUUGGAAAGAGAUAUUAGGCGUGGGUCGUAUGCAUGGUAUGGUGUGUUGUCGAAUUUAUCAUCGUGGUUUUCGCCAUUUUUUGCUUCUUCUUCUGUUUAUUUUUUUUUCUUUUUUUUUUUGUCCGUAGUAAUAUGGUUUGUGUAUUUGUAUAAAAGGCGCGGAUGAUGUACCGGGUUUGGGUUUGGUGGUUUGAGUUUUGGUUUGGCGAACUUAACUUGUGUCGGGAUAUCGGUUUUUGGCUCGAAUCUUGACUGUUGUUUUAAAGUUGGGUUCUUUUGAUCGUAAAAUGUUAUAUAACUUAUGUUGGGAUGGAUAAUUGGUCUAAGUUUGUAUUCGAUGAUUUUUUAUUUUUGUUUUUGUGUUAAUAUGAUUACCA